UCACAGUCUCAUUGCAGUAUAAUCGUUUGUUUACAAAACAACACGUUCGACCAUAGUUCCGCAGGAAUUAUGAAUAUUUUAGUCAAAAUGUGAAUCAACCGAAUAAAAAAAACCAAAAUAUUACGAAUCGUUUGAAAUGUCGAGGUUUUGCAAGAGAUACUUCUGUUGCUCGGUGGUUAUAUUGAUUCUAAUUUUUAUGAUUUAUUAUCGGUAUUUUGGGCGUUUUCAAGUUGAUCAAAUUGUUGUUAGCUCUGACGAAUUCAUUGCCGUCGCCUAUGUAUUGGAAGAGGAUGACGAGAAUAAUCGUCGUCUACAUAACGAACAUCAACUCUUGAAUCUAACCAAUUUUCAAUAUAAAUUGCAACCGACCGAUGACGUCUGCACAUAUGGCGAUGAUUUAUUGGCCAUUUUAAUAGUAACUUCUUAUGUUGGUCACGAUGAAGUGAGAUCGGCACAUCGAACCGCAAUCAGCUCUGCCAUCCUACGCAAAUUGAACGUGGCACGCGUGUUUUUAUUGGCCGAAAUUCCGGAAAAGGAGAAGUUUAUUACACAAGAAGCGGUUGAAAGUGAGCAUCGACACUUUAAUGACAUUGUUCAAGGGAAUUUCCAUGAAGCAUACCGCAACUUGCCGUACAAGCACAUUAUGGGACUUCGAUGGGCCUCAUCUCACAAGUGUCUCCAUCCAAAAUACAUCGUCAAAAUGGACGAUGACAUUGUGGUCGACCUUUAUCAUCUGAUUGAAUACCUUUUGGAUCAAAAUCUCGACAACAACGUAGAUAUGUCCCACUUCUUAUCGGGUUACAUUUUCCGAAACGUAGUACCAAUACGAAAACAACAGAAUAAAUGGUUUGUUUCAGAAGAUGAAUACAGCGGCAAUGUGUAUCCAGAUUAUCUCUCCGGAUGGAUGUACGUGACCAUUCCACAAACUGCCAAGACGCUAGUCUCAGCUGCAUCCGAAACAUUUACACCGAUAUUUUGGAUCGACGACACAUGGGUGACUGGAAUUUUGAGAGCCAAACGGCACAUUCCCAUUGAUGAUUCGCUCAAUGAAUUUUUCUCGGCCAAUUCCGAGUUCCUUGACUGUUGUAUCACAGAUAUGGAAAAGCAUCAAUACAAAUGCCCAUUCAUAGCUGGUCCAAAUGGUGGUGAUCAUAAUCUAAUCAAAAAGUAUCUCGAAGUAGUUAAUAAGUAUUGCUUGGCUGACUCCAGUGACUUAAAACAAAACUCAUGCACAGAACGAGGUGAGAAUGUACCGUCACUGAAAAAGACAUGCGUCGGCGGUGACAAACAUCUGUUGAAGGAAAGCCAUGGUGCAGCUGUUGUUAGUGCCAUUAGAUUAUAAAU